UGCUGGGACUGGACCGCGACAGGCGAGUGAACGGACGGCUCUCCUGCGUGACGUACACGCGCACCCAAGGCUUUUUUUCCCCUUUUUUAUCCCCCCGUACCAACUUCCUUCCUCGGCUUUCCCUCAUUCUGAGAUGAGAUAAUCAACAGAGGAUCAGCUUUCCACGAAGUUUUGAAGUUGUUGGAAAGAGUUUAGACAGGAGAAGAGGAAGAUGCUGGGAUUAGAGGUCAUCUUGCUCUGUCUUCUUUUUGGAGCCCUGACUCACAGCCAGACAACAGAUUGCACCAAGAAGAAUGAAUGUCCCAUAGACGUGUACUUCACCAUAGACACAUCUGAGACCAUUGCCCUGCAGGAGUCACCUUCUGGAUCCCUGGUGGAGAGCAUCAAGAUAUUCACUGAGGAGUUUGUACAGCGUUUAGACGAUGCUGAAUACAGAGGCGCUAUACAGAUCACUUGGAACAUCGGUGGACUGCACUUCUCCCAGACACAGGAGAUUAUCAGUCAAAUUGGAUCCAAGAACGAUUUCCUGUCCGGUGUCAGAAGGAUCUCGUACCUGGGUAAAGGCACCUAUAUCGACUGCGCGCUUACCAACAUGACCCAAAAAAUGCUGCAAUCACCCUCCCUCCUGAAGGCCCUCCGAUUUGCUGUGGUCAUCACUGACGGUCAUGUGACUGGAAACCCAUGUGGGGGCAUCAAGGUGGCAGCAGAGAGGGCUCGUGAUGAGGGCAUCCGGAUAUUUUCCGUAGCGGCAACAAAGAACGUUGACGAGACAGGUCUGAGGGAGAUCGCCAACUCUCCAGUGACAGUCUACAGGAGGGACUUCAUAGCUGUGGAUCUGAGCAAGGGCAGAGCCAACAUACACACAGACACCAUUGACCGUAUCAUUAAGACAAUGAAACAUUUGGCAUAUGAAGAGUGCUACAAAGUUUCCUGUCUGGAAACUCGCGGGCCUCCUGGUCCACAAGGCCACAGAGGACAAAAAGGAGCUAAAGGCGACAACGGUGAACCAGGUCAGAAAGGAGAAAUAGGUCGCCAAGGAGACCCCGGUAUUGAGGGUCCCAUCGGUCAGCCUGGUAUCAAAGGAGAACCCGGUCUCAAGGGCGAUAAGGGAGAGAUAGGAUCUCAGGGGAAGAAGGGUGUGGCCGGCAUCCCAGGACGCAACGGGACUGAUGGACAGAAGGGUAAAAUUGGACGGAUCGGCGCUCCUGGCUGCAAAGGAGACCCAGGCGACAAAGGUCCUGAUGGUCACCCUGGAGAUGUCGGUGAACGUGGUGCUCCUGGAACUGAUGGAGAGAAGGGAGAUCCCGGACGCCCUGGUAGACCUGGUCCCAUCGGCGAGGCUGGAGACCCUGGACUAAAGGGAGAGAGGGGAAGUCCUGGAUCACCUGGUUUCCCUGGAGAGAAAGGAAAUCCAGGAAGUCCUGGACUUUCAGGAGCCAGAGGAGAGCUGGGGAGAAGAGGGGACUAUGGGCCAAAGGGUGUCCAAGGGCCAGAUGGAAUUAAGGGAGAAAAGGGUGAAAUGGGGGCAGAGGGCUUGAGAGGACUUGCGGGUGAAUCAGGAAACAAAGGUUCAAAGGGAGACAAUGGUCUGCCAGGUCCCAGAGGACCACCAGGGACACCAGGAGACCUUGGGAAAAAUGGUACCAAAGGUGACCCUGGUGAUGCUGGGCCAAGAGGAGAUCCCGGGCAGCCUGGACCAAAGGGAGACCCUGGAAGACCUGGCUUUAGCUAUCCUGGACGAAGAGGUUCAUCGGGUGACAGAGGAGAGAAGGGUAAUCGUGGACCUCGUGGAAGCAGGGGAGACUGUGGUCAAAAAGGAGAGCCCGGAGAUAAAGGAACUCCAGGAGAAUCAGGUGAGCCAGGGCCUCAGGGUGAACCUGGCCUGAGAGGAACAAGAGGAGAGGCUGGGCGUGAUGGAGAUCCAGGCCCUGAGGGAGAUCCCGGCCUCACUGAAUGUGAUGUCAUGAACUACAUCAGGGAGACAUGUGGCUGCUGUGACUGUGAGAAACGCUGCGGAGCGGUGGACAUUGUGUUUGUGAUUGACAGCUCUGAGUCAGUGGGUCUCACCAAUUUCACCCUGGAGAAGAACUUUGUCAUCAACACCAUCAACAGACUGGGAUCUCUGGCCAAAGACCACCAAUCAGAAACAGGCACAAGAGUGGGAGUUGUUCAAUACAGUCACAAUGGAACAUUCCAAGCCAUCCAACUCGAUGACCCCAAGAUUGACUCACUGUCCGCUUUCAAGGAUGCAGUGAAGCGUUUGGAGUGGAUUGCUGGAGGAACAUGGACUCCAUCUGCUCUGAAAUUCGCCUACGACAACCUAAUCAGGGACAGCCGCAGAGCCAAAGCCAGCGUCACUGUAGUUGUCAUCACUGAUGGACGCUUUGACCCUAGAGACGACGACAAGCUGCUCAACUACCUCUGCAGUGAUCCCAGUGUUGAUGUUAGUGCCAUUGGUAUCGGAGACAUGUUCGACCAGAUUGAGGAGAAUGAGAGUCUGAAUAGCAUUGCCUGCCAGAAGAAAGGCAGGGUGAUGGGCAUGAGGCGCUUUGCUGACCUGGUGGCCGAGGAGUUUAUCGACAAGAUUGAAACUGUGCUCUGCCCAGAUCCUAUCAUUGUAUGCCCUGAACUCCCUUGUAAAUCAGAGCCUGCUGUGGCUAGCUGUGUUCAGCGGCCAGUGGAUUUGGUGUUCAUGUUGGAUGGUUCUGAGAGGAUGGGACUGGAGAACCACCGCAGGGCCAAAGAGUUCAUCGAGAAUAUUGCUCGCCGCCUCACCUUGGCCAACAACCCGUCAGAUGAGAGGAAUGCCCGCUUGGCUCUGCUGCAGUACGGCAGCCCUACAGAACAGAGGGUGGAGUUCCCACUCACACACAAUCUCACAGAGAUCUCUGAUUCAUUGGCAGCUGUGACCUACAUGGACUCCUCUUCUGCUCUGGGCAGCGCCAUCAUCCAUGCUGUCAACAAUGUGGUGUUUUCACAGAGGAGAGAACGCCAGACUCGUCGCAAUGCUGAGGUGGCCUUUGUGUUCAUCACUGAUGGCAUCACAGCAAGCGAGCAGCUGGAUGAGGGCAUAACUGCCAUGAGACGAGCGGAAGGCAUUCCCACGGUGAUUGCCAUGGGAACUGACACAGAUGAAGAGGUUCUGCGGAAGGUGUCACUAGGGGACAUGUCGGCCAUCUUUAGAGGAGAUGACUACAACAUGCUGAAUAAAUCCUCAUUCUUUGAGCGCUUUAUCCACUGGAUAUGCUAGUGAGGAACUUUACGCUACACCAUAAAAUUAGAAGCUAUAGAAUGAAAGAAGGACCAUCCUUCAGUGUACACUUAAACACAAACAGAGGCAUCAACAAACCUCUGUGAUCAUCAUCAUUAUGAAUGAUGAUUGUAAGGCACUGAGACAGCUUCAUAUCCUGUUUUUAUUGGCGAAGAAUAAUUUGCAAAAGCCAAAACAUUCCAUGUAGUAGCAGCACACACAGAAACAAAAACAUAGGCUUGCAAUAUAAUUUGUAACUUGGUCGUUCUAUUUGUUCUAAAUCCAUGGUCAUUUCUAACCAAAGACACUCAUAAGUAUACCAGAGGAGAGGUGUAUGAUUAUUGAAUGUGUACGAAACAAAUUGUAUGCUUGAUUUUGUUUUUAUUUUGUACUGAUUUUUAGUUUGCAGAAAAUAAUUGAACUCUCUUUCUCUCUCUCACUCGCUCUUGCUCUCUCUCUCUCUCUGUCUCUCUUCACAAAGUCACAUUAUUUACAUUAAACGGUGCUAAAAUAGAAGAAAAAAGGACAAAGCCAUCUGACUGGUUCUGAAAGCUUUUUUUUUCCUUUUACAUCAUGUAACGCUGUAAUUGCUGUAGUAUGUUCAACGGAUAAAAAAAACAUGCAGACAUAUCUUCUCCAAGGAAACAGAGUCACACAUAAAUGUCCCACAUUCAACCACACAAGAAUCACACACACAUGCAUGAACACACAUAUACUGUAGGUAAUUACACAUACAUUGAUGGACAAACAUAAAAGACCUGAAUCUGUAAACAUGAAGUCCAAAUAAAGCCUAAUGUGGU